AUGUCGCGGAUGGCGGGCGGCGACUGCCGCAAGGAAGCGGCGGGCUGGGAGGGCGAGGAUGGGCAGUGUGACUCGGGCAUCGAGUCACUGCGCUCGCUGCCGGGCGGGAGGGACACCCCUGCUGCCGCUGUCGAGACACCUCCCGCCGCCGAGACCGAGACCCUCGCCGAGACUGCGGAGGAGCGGCUGGACUCUAGCUACGGCUCCGGCGCCCUUCCCGAGCCUCUGCCCGGGCCGCCGGCCGCCUGCCGCGCCGAGGAGCCGCCGCCGUCCGAGGGGCUCAGCCGGCAGCAGCUGGAGGCCCUCACCUAUCUUUCAGAGGACGGAGACACGUUGGUUCACCUGGCCAUUAUUCACUGUGUCCCAGCUGUAGCACUCUGCUGCAUCGCUCAACUGCCCAGAGAGGUGCUGGAGAUCCAAAAUGAUCUUUUCCAGACCCCGCUUCACCUUGCUGUGUACCUGGAGCAGCCCAGCGUGAUCCAGGCGCUGAUCCACAAGGGAGUGAACCCUGGGCUGCAGGACCGCAAUGGCAACACUCCUCUGCACCUGGCCUGUGAGCAGCAGCACCUGCACUGUGCUCAGCAGCUUUUGCAGGGCACAGCCCCACCAGAGGGUACAGCUCAGCCCCCUGGGUACCACCAGGACCUGCAGCUCCAGAACUGGCAAGGCUUGGCUUGUCUGCACAUCAGCACCUUGAAGGGGAACAUACAGAUGAUGUCUCUGUUGCUGGAGAGUGGUGCCUACAUCGAUGUUCAAGAAGGCACAAGCGGGAAGACACCAUUGCACCUGGCCGUGGAGUGUCACAACCACAAGGCUGUCCAGUUCCUGCUGCACAAUGGGGCGUAUGUAGAUGCCCAGAUGUACAACGGGUGCACCCCGCUCCACUUGGCCGUGGGCCGCAAGGAUGCUGCCAUCGCUGCCAUCCUCUCCAACUCCGGAGCUGACACCCUGUUGAGGAACAUGGAGAACGAGACAGCUCAAGACCUGGCUGAUGGCAAUGAUGAUAUCCUUGCACUGCUGCCCUUUGAUGACCUGAAGAUUUCGGGGAAGCCUGUUGUGUGCACUGAAUGA